UCAGUACACUGCUCACUGUAGGAACCUUUUGAAGGCAUUUCUGCUAGAGUAACUUUCGUAUGCAGCGUGAAACGUGACCUAUUCAAUGGCUUUUUGUGUGUCUGUAUUGUAACAGUUUGAGCACAGGUGGUCCAAUACAACACACAUUUUAUGGUCUCUUAUCGUGGGCUUCCUCGGCUGUAUGCCAGUAUUGUUAGUACGCCCAUUGAAGUCGGUCUGUUUUGGGUAGUGUUUGGGCUGUGCGUGAUUAGUGGAUGGCCUAGUUUUUUCUUGGAAUUGAAAGUUUAGCUUUUGCUGGUUGGGUUUGUCUAAACACACCCGAAAAAAAAAACGCGGGUUAUCGAUCACAAUGAGUAAACGCCCCUUCACAGCUCAGCUGCCUCGAACACCUGAGUACGGUGACGAGAUUCUUAUCAGAGGCAAAUUAAAAAGUGACGCGAGGAAUUUCUCGGUGAACUUCUGCCUGCCCCGACCGGCACAGGUUCCCGAGGGCCAGUCGCCACCCCACAUCGCGUACCACUUCCGGACGAUCUUCCACGACGACGGCAGCAGCGCCGUAAUUCACAACUGGAAAAACAGCGUCUGGCAGGCGGAAACCGUCGAGGAGAACUACUGGAUGGUGGACCGAAACGAAAAGUUCACCCUGAUCUUCCGCUUCCACGAAGAAGUGUUCAAAGUGUUCGCCGAGGACACGCAGCACACGCCGGACUACGAGUUUGGCCACCAGUUGCCGGUGGAGGCCAUCACGCUGAUCGAACUGUGGGACGAUAUCGAGUACGUGGAGGAGAUCGCGUUCAAAUACCGGAAUGCAGAUCGCUGAGUGAUGGCGCUAUUUGCUGGUAAAACAAUCAUCGCAAAAAUUCCUCGCAACCACACUGUAACAAUAAAUUUAGGAAAGGAUAAAUCCGUGUUCACCUCUCAAUCACGAUGCCUUAAACGAAGUCUGGAAGCAGAGCAGCAGCUAUAAACGUCACGUUUUCUAGUCAUUUUACAUGAGCCUGAGCCAGCUUAAGUACCGCGCAGGGGUGGGUACUUAACGUUAUGCAGCAAAGUUGUGAAUCACGACCGCCUUAAGCCAGCCAGCCUUAUUGCACAAACCAAUGCGCUUUUACAAAAUCGCAAUCUUAUCAGUCUUAUCGAUAUUAAGUAAAUGUGUGUGUGUCCAAGGAAUCCAAGGUGACUUCAACUAACUAUACAGAGUAUAGGUGCAUAGUAGGCUAAGAGUAAACCAAACAAUAUUGAUACCGAGAA